AUGCCCGACAUCAACCCCGCCGAAGUGCGCCAACAACUGCAACAACUCCAAGAAAAAGGCGACUUGAAAUCCCACCUCGCGAUCGUUCGCAUCAGCGAGCCCAUCUUCUCCCCAGAAGCCGAGAACCCAGACCCCUCACCUGGCAAGCGCAACUCCGAUGUCUCCGCCAUCGACAACCCCACGCCCGCAUCGCUGGAGGCCGAUCUAACACACUACAAAGAACUCUUCUCCAAACUACGCUUCUCCUACGUCGAACAAGUCACAAAAGAAAAAUUCCUGCGCGCGAUCGUCGGCGACCCGCCGCUGGUGGUGGGCCACAAUGAGAACAUCGAAUUGGAGGCGCAAUUGGCCGCGGUGAAGGCGGAGCUGCGCGCGCGCAAGGAGGAGGUGCGGGUGAUGACCGAGGAAAUGGAGAAGAAGGGGAGGGAUCUUGCGGCGCGAUACAAGAACAUCCAGCUCCAGAUGACCCAGUUGUCGAAUCUCCCCGAGUCGAUCGAGAACCUUGAAUCCACCAUCGCCGGGCUGCGUGCCAAACAGGUCGCCAAUAUGGACGCCUCGUCGUCCCAGAACUUGCCUCUUCCGGCGACGCUGUCCCUCCUCUCCGAGCGGGAGGCGGAGCUGGCGGCUCUCAACCGACAACUUGCCGCGGUGCAAAAUGCCCUUCCCCGCAAGACGCGCGAAGCGGAAGCGAUCGAGCGAGAGUUGGGUGUUCUGGAGCGACGGAAAUCGGAGGCUGUGCUUCAGGCCCGAGAGGCGCAGAGGAAGAAGCAGGAAGGCGAGAGCGAUGGACUGGAGGAGAUGGGACGGUGGUACCGAAGUGCUGCUGAGACGCUCAAGAACUUUGUGGGGGUGGAGGGAUAA